GUCCAUUUUUUUUUUUUUCUUCGAAGCGUCAUUUUGAAGCGUCAGCAGUGUCCGAGCCUGAGGGAAGGGAAAAGAGGGGUUUUGUUGUUAUUGUUUUAUUUGAUUUAGUUUUAGUUUUAGUUUUGGUGUUAGUAGAUUAAGUGGUGAGGAAGAGGAGGAGGAUGACGAGCAGCUCGAAUAAGAAGAAAGAGGAGAUUCAUGUGGCUAACGGGGGGCUGAAGCAGCCCACAUGGAGCAAAGCGCUAAACAGCAGAGCAGUGUGGGACGACAAGGAUGAGUUUUUAGACGUGGUCUACUGGUUCAGGCAGAUCAUCGCCAUCAUCCUGGGAGUCAUUUGGGGCAUCGUUCCACUCAAGGGCUUCCUGGGAAUCGCCAUUUUCUGCAUUGUGAACGCCGGCGUCCUGUACGUGUACUUCAGCAGCUUCCAGCAGGUGGAUGAGGAGGAGUAUGGAGGAACGUGGGAACUCACCAAAGAAGGCUUCAUGACCUCUUUCGCUUUAUUCCUGGUGGUGUGGAUAAUCUUCUACACAGCGCUGCAUUAUGACUGAGGUCUUGUGGAGAAGCUGCAGUAAAGUGGGGUAGUACACUGGGCUGUACAGUGGGGUCCUGGGACGGGCUGCACACGGCCGGCACUGGACUUUACCCCCGUCACCAGCAGUGCACCGGAGCCUUCUGACCCAGGUGCAUCGUGGGUAAUCUGCUCUGAACCACUUCCUGAUGGGCAGCUCGACCAGUCUUAAAGCUACACCUCGUCCAGUGCACUGCCAUGUGUUCUGAUCCAACACCUCUCUCUCUCUCUCUCUCUCUCUCUCUCUCUCUCUCUCUCUCUCUCUCUCUCCCUCUCCCUCCCUCCAUCUCUUCGUAUGAACAACUCUAUAUUUAGUUUAUAAUUUUGUUUAAUUUCCUCAUGGCUCUUGAACCUGAUGGAUCUUGAUAAAAGUGUAUAUUAUGUACAGUUUCCAUUUUAAAGCUCACGUGUGUUUUCUCUGUUCUGUCUCACGUGGGUCAGAUCUCCCUGUACGUCUCAGUAUUGUAAAAAAGGAACGUAAACAAACGUACGCUGCAGAAGGUUUGGGUCCUGAUUUGAUUCAGGUGUCGCAAAUCAGGUUAAAGCAUUAACUUUUUUUUAAAUGAUUUAAAGUCUGAGACAAAUCCGGUACUCGGGUAUUAACAUGUGUGGUGCAUAGAAUGAUUCAAGAUUCCUUUCUUUUUUUUUUUUUUUUUUAAGAUAAAUCAAUAGAUAGGUAUUUAACAUUUUUCUUUUUUUUUUAAAGAAAUUUUUUUUUCUCCUUUCCGCCAUCGCCGGAGAAAUCGAAUUGUUUUUAAACUUUUCUUACACGUUAAUAAAUUCCUGUUUGAGUUUGUGAUGUAAUAAAACUGUAAUAAUUCACCAGUAAAA